GUGAAAAUAGAUUUCCCAGAACACUGACGCCAGUAUGUAGGUCAGAUGCACAGUGAAAACGCCGGGAGUAGGUGACGCAGUGUGCAGACAUCCUAGAUUCGGACAUCAGCACCCAGACACACCCUUCACGUUCCACACAGUCCUCAAAGAAGACGAUUACAUUUGGACAGUCAUUCAUACAGACGCAAUUUGUCGACGAUGUCAUUCAUCGGGCGAGGAGGAUGUCGCCACUGUGGAUGUAGAGAAUACGUGAAGCCACCAGAGGGAGAGAAAUGUUACCACUGCAACCACGAGAUAGACCUUCACGACGUCAAAUAUCAACCACAACCAACUGGUGGGACACCAACCAGCAAGACCGGUGAAUCAUCUGUUCAGAACACAAUGGAUGCUGCCACGGUGGAUGUUAGUCUGAUGCACACGGGAGAGGCGUUUGAACAAGGAGCCCCUGACGUAUGUUUCGAAGAGACGUGGGAAGUCCGCGCACCGUCUGACUUGGCGCAUGGACAUUUCGUCAAGCUCCAUGAUAGAGGUGCAGUCAUCACAAAGCGAGUAUCACCAAUGACAGGAAAGGAUGGAGAUAUCGGAUCUAGUGAAGACAUGGCAAUGUUCACGGACAUCAACCGAGACAACAGAGGAAUUGUUCGGGGUAAGUGUCGAGAAUGCCCCGAGGAAUGUUCUCAGUAUUCCCAGCCUGUCCUCAGACACAACUGUACAUAUUGCGGGUGUCCGGCGGGUCAUCAUGAGAGGGUGGUACCUGGACCUAAACCCAUCAUCAAGAUGGAACCAGGGGAGGAGGGGGCAGGAUCUCCGGGGCGGAGUGAUGACCGACCACCACGCGGUCCGUCGAGAAGACCGGACGGGUGGUGUAAUGCCCAAGCCCAGCCAAGUACCUCCAGGCGAAAUGAGUCGCCCACUGGCUCACAAAAUCACCAGGAUACAUCACGUACAGUAAUCCAGAAACGUUGUAAGACGUUAUUUGAGGAUUCUGGCGUCACAUAUUCUCAUCUUCAAAGAAACCUUACAAAAUCUCAACGCGGCGUGUUUACAAUCCUAUGGAAGGGAAACAUAAUUUAUGUUGGGGAGCCAAAAAAGACGCCCCUAUUAACUAACCUUCGUAGUAUCUUUACUGGUGGAAGCAAUCAAGAUAUCAGCAAAUGUUUGAAAAGUUUAUCCAACGAUUUGAAAGAGAAGCAUGUCCGAAUCGCUUGGCUGACACACAUGGAUGACGACCCACACUGCCAAACGUGCAGAGAAGGCAAGAAAACGCUGCUUUCGUAUCGACACUGUGUUUCAAAACUGCAAAGCAAGAAUCCAAGGGAGGUCCUCUUGGAUCUCAAGACAAAAUUAUCACGCCAGUAGAAUCAAAAUGUUUCUCGUGUUUCAACUGACCACAAAUUGUAGUGUUUAGUUUGAAACCUUUCUAAUCCUGGCAUCGUCUAUGUAUCUGUAUGUCUCUUUAUCUCAACAGUCUGUAGCAUAAUUGUGGUUUUAAGGAUUUUCUGGGAAAAUAUAUUUUUAGGUAAAAUCCCAACUCCCCAGUAUGCAACAAACCACUCAGGGUAUAACAGAAGAUUAUGAUGUUUGAACAUGUAUUUGGGUGAAGGAAAAUGUCACAUCUCAAAGUUCCUUUACCUUUCAAAGCUCUAUUUACAAGACAUUUCUACAUAUCUUGUGAUAAGAACAUUAUAAUGCUGGGCAGAAUGUGAAUUAGAAUCACCUCAUCAUAUUUUGUGUGAUCCCCAGUAAGGUGCUCUAGCUUUGGUUGCCAGUGGUAUACUGGUUUACUGUCCCUUGUCGAUAGGUAUUAUCAAAUAAUUAACUUGUUUUCAUCGCAAUAUUGCCGAUGCGAUGUAAAAUGUUAAGUCGCUCACUCAUCAUAUUUAGAUAUGAUACAACCUGAGGCAAAGGAAAUACGAGAGUAUCCAGUAAUUUAAUAUGUACUGUUUCCCUACUUUUGAACUACAGUAAACUACGGUUAUAACGAACUCAAAGGGACUACCAAUUUUAGUUCGUUAUAACCGUAAUUCGUUAUCAGCAUAUGCACAGCAUAACUAUAGCAUAUAGUCGGGACUAAAAAGUUAGUUCGUUAUAUCCGUUAGUUCGUUAUAAGCGUGUUCGUUAUAACCGUAGUUUACUGUAUGCCUAUGAGUAUGUGUUAUGAGUAGAUGCCCGAGGAAGAAUAAUCCCGAAGGCGUACGUGGGACUUAAAAUAUCAAUCAACGGUUUAUCUGGUUCAGAAUCGGUUAUCUACGAUCGCCGUCGUAUUGACGUAAACGAUUUACAUUUGACUUAAUCAUUAAUCAUUAUCGUUAUCAUGAUCUAGGUAGUGCUGUAGCCUAUUUUUAGUCAUAAGUUCCAUUAUUUUGCAGAGAUUUGAGGUUAGGGAUAUUGGCCUAUAGGAGUUUGCCUGAUCUGCUGGUUUAUUUGGUUUAGGUAUUGGGAUUACUAGAGCUUCCUUCCAUGAGGAUGGGACCUGUCCGUUUAGGUAAACUAGGUUGUAUAGUUUAAGUAAAGUUUGGAGUAGUUUGGUAGGUAAGUGUUUGAUUAUUUGGUAAGAGGUGAGGUCUAGGCCAGGGGCUGUUCCUUUUUUUCUAUUGUUUAGUACGUGAUUUAGUUCUUCUAUGGUGUAAGGUUGAUUUAUUUCUAGGUUGUCUUGUCUGAUUUCUUUGGAGAAUUUUAUUUCUUUAUUUAGUUUAUCUUGGAAUUUCUUACUGAAGUUACUGUUGCUACUAACUUUAGAGAAGUGUUUG